AAAAUACUUAAUACCUAACAUAAUUCACAAACAUAGAGAUGGGUUCGGAGACGCUGAGGAUGAGGAACGAAGAGCUGGAGAAGGAGCUUCGGAGCAGCCGAGAGAGGGAGGAGAGGAUGAAAGAGGAGCUGCGGAUGACGUGUGAGCGGCUGCGGGUGGCCGAGGAGGCCGAGGAGAGGCUGUGCACCCAGCUCUCCGAGCUUGAAGCCGAGGCCGUCGAUCAUGUCAGGGAAUCUACCGCGCAGAUUUCGCUUCUCAUGGACAAACUCUCUCUUGCCCAUAAACUUCUUCAAGAUGCAUCACUCUCUCUCACUCAUUAGUCUCUGUUUUUUCCUUUUUUUUUUUUUAAUUUCGAUAUCGUUUAUGUUUGUAACACUAUAAUUUGGGUUUCAAAUCGAUUUUCGUUUUUGACCCUUUGGGAUGAAAGAUGAAUUAGUGUUGUAAGUUGUAUCAAAGAUGUGGAUACUGGUUUUCUUGAUUUUGUAAUGUGAUGUUAAAAAUUAAAUUGUUGAUACUAGUACUCCAUUAUAUAUUGAUCUUUCUUCAUUUAGCAA